AUGCGACCGUAUGCGAUAUGUUUUGACAAUCGAAAAGCCACUUAUGGAGAGAAGUACGUAUCCAUGGUGGUCGACAUUGAUGUCAACUGGGAGAAUCCAUCGGAAUCUGAAAAGAAAGUCCUGGACUAUUUGCGCAACCGCGCUUUCUCCGGUAUGCAGAUUCCACCUAUGAAGCGCGAGUACAUCGAGGGUUGGAGGGCCAUUGAUGUGAGUGAAACAAGUAGCCUGUUUACACACUUUUUUUUUGCUCGCACACCUUGUAAAUGUCAUUUGGUACAGGUUUUUCUUUGUAUCAUUACAUGUGAUCGUAACGUAGACAUAAAAACACUCUUCAACUGUAAUCUAUCGGUUCAAAACCCCGUGUUAACUAUGUGUGUAUAUUAUAUAAUUUCGUAUAUAUUCUUCUAA